AAGUCGUGUUCUGUAUGUUGUCUUGCUGCACACAGUUGGAGAAGUUGCAGGAACCGAAACAUCCCGGAGAAGCUUAUCUUCUGACUGCAGUCAAACAGUUGUUAUCAGUCAAACUAUUUAUACCAUGUCUUAAUUAGUUUCGUUUUGACGGUGACGGCAGCGUUUCGCGGUACAGGCGGUUCGCAUGAUGGCUAAACUGACAACUUAAGGAGCAAACUUUGAGCAAGACUUUCCCUAGUUAUCACCAGACAGAUCAACACAACCAUCAUCAUGGCUCACACCACUUCUGCGUCGCUAUGGGCUUUUGUUUUCAGCUUAUACUUCGUUGUGUCUAAGUGUUACAUCUCUAUACCACUGAAGAUAUACACCGGGAGGUACAACGUGUCCUCUGCUGUGGAUGUGACCCAGACAGUGGUGUUAACAGCGGAUGGAAACGGCCUCUCUCUGGCCUCUGAUCCCACCGGCACCGUCAACUUUCUGGACAUGGUGAACAACCUGCAGGGCGACUCUGGACGAGGCUACUACAUAGAGAUGUCUAUUGGGACUCCUGGUCAAAAGGUGAACAUCCUGGUGGAUACGGGCAGCAGUAACUUUGCCGUGGCCGCGGCUCCACACCCAUUCAUUACUCACUACUUCAACACUGCGCUCUCCAGCACCUACCAGACAGCUGGCCGGACUGUGGCUGUCAGGUACACCCAGGGCAACUGGGAAGGCGAACUGAGCACUGACAGUGUCUCCAUCCCCAAAGGCCUAAAUGGGUCCGUCACCAUCAACAUAGCUGCCAUCCUGUCAUCUGACGGCUUCUUCCUUCCUGGGGUCAACUGGCAGGGCAUCCUGGGACUGGCCUAUCCCAUGCUGGCACGGCCCGACGCGUCCGUGGAGCCCUUCUUCAACUCUUUGGUGCAACAGCUGCGAAUCCCUGACAUCUUCUCCCUCCAGAUGUGUGGCGCUGGACUGUCAGCCAGCAGCUCAGAGGACCCCGCAGGAGGCAGUCUUAUCAUGGGAGGGGCUGAACCAACUCUGUACCGGGGGUCAGUGUGGUACACCCCCAUAGUAGAGGAGUGGUACUACCAAGUGGAGGUUUUGAAGCUGGAGGUUGGCGACCAGAAUCUGGAGCUGGACUGCAGAGAGUAUAACAUGGAUAAAGCUAUAGUUGACAGUGGGACGACACUGCUGCGUCUUCCUGUCAACGUCUUCAAUGCGGUGGUAGAAGCCAUCACACGCAGCUCUCUGAUCCAGGACUUUUCUUCAGGCUUCUGGGAAGGCAGCAAGCUUGCAUGCUGGAUGAAGGGAGAGACCCCCUGGAGGUUUUUCCCCAAGCUGUCCCUCUACCUAAGGGCCACCAACACCAGCCAGUCCUUUCGCAUCACCAUCCUGCCUCAGCUCUACAUCCAGCCAAUCACAGACGUGGACGGCACGUUGGACUGCUUCCGCUUCGGGUUGUCUUCAUCAGCUAAUGGCCUGGUGAUCGGCGCUACCGUUAUGGAAGGCUUCUACGUUGUGUUCGACCGCGCCCAGCGGAGACUGGGCUUCGCGCCCAGCAGCUGUGCAGUGAGCGGUGGAGUGGCUCUCUCAGAGAUCGCAGGGCCCUUCUCAGCAGCAGACGUGGCGGCCAACUGCUCCGGCGGAACAAUGAAGGAGCCUCUCCUGUGGAUCAUCUCCUACGCCCUGAUGGCGGUCUGCGCGGUGGUCCUCAUCAUCCUGUUGCUCCUGCUUGCGCUGCCCUGCCGACACAGAAACCGUACCGGGGAGAUAACCGACGAGUCCUCUCUGGUCCGCCACCGCAUCAAGUGACUGAGAGGAAACGGACAGGCGGACAGGGUGAACGGGCAGGGGGGCAUUGAGACGAGCUCGUCCACAGUGGUGGAGACGGGGGUGAGGCUCAGCCUGAACCGAACAGUGACACUCACUUCUGAAUGUGUGACUGACUCUAGACUGCACUCAUCAGAUUGGCCCACGGAGGUCGACAUAGACAGAUCAACUGCCUCUUGACGAGAAAAUCCACCCUAAAAACAGCUGUUGACUCUUAUUCUCACUGAUGAUUGGUCAUACCAUCAUAUGUGACACAGAGGAAGACAUCCAGCAUAGAAGAAGAAGAAGAACAGAUGCAAUUUCUCCACUGACUGUAGCUUUAAAAGUCCAUAAUGUCAUGUAGCUACAAAGCAGUUUUUCGUACUUUUUCUCAACUGGAAGGACUCUUAUGCUAUCAAUGUUGCUCUCCCCGCAACUACACCGACUAGUUCGAGUGUAGUUUGAGAGGGCACUCACUUCAGGUUCAGGCUUAUUCUCUUUAGGGCUGUCAAAAGGUAUUCUGGGAAAUGUAGGACACCACUAACACGAGCGAAAGGGUGAACAAAAAUAUGAAACACUUUAACAUAAAAUAAACCCCCGACGCACACUUAAACAUCACACCAGCAGUAUGAUAAUAGCUAAGGGUGGAAUUUCUUCCUUACAAUCCAACCAUUGCUGCAUUCUUGAACAAUUUAAGUUACUGAUUUUAUUUCCAGACAAAUUGUAUUAUUAAUUUCUAAAAGGCAUACGACCUAAAACGUGCCUUUAUUCUUUUUUUUUUUUCAUUCUGUGAUCAAUGAAGGAAUGUUUCUCACGCCUUCUUAUAUUUUGACAUUAACCUCUAGUCUGUGUGUGUUGAAGUUAAGGGGAAAAGCUGCUCAAACAAUCACUGUUAAUCGGAAGAAUAUAACACGUUUACAGUGCCUGUAGUGCCUUACUGCUUAUACAAACUGAUAUACAGUAUCAGCAGUUUGAGCCUUAAACUGCUGAAUUGCACUUUGUUUAUAAAGUCAAUCAAAAAGUGUAAUAUAAAGCUAAAGAUCAAUAUUUCUCGAUCUGUUAUGCAAUUUGUUGUAUUAAUGUAAGUUUACUAAUUCUGUUUAUAUUUAAGUCUCUUGGUGUGUGAUUGUCUUAUUAAUUCCAAAUCUUUGCUUUUUAGACACUAGAUGUUCAAGGGUACAUAUAUUUAUACUGCUCAUUUUAUACAAACACUAAAGUAGAAGCCAAAGGAUUUUUGAAACUGACUCAUUGGAAACACACGCUCCGUUCGCUUCGUUGGAGUUAAGCAAUAAAACGUGUCAUGUUACAGUCUCUUCGUACGUAAAAGUCAACAUGAAACUUGACACUGUGCCACGCAAUCAAUCUGAAAAAUGUGCCCGUUGGUUCUUAAAGUUGUCAAAUUGAAGGUACACUUGAAUCUUUGAAUGUUCACUUAUUUAUAAGUGUAUUUUUUUUCCGUGCCAAAAUUGUACUUGUGCUGUAAAUAAAAGAACUUGUGACCAAAUCAAAGAUGUAAAUCAUUUUAAAUGAA